GAAGAGAGACCCUUUUCGGUUGUGUCAGAUUAGAUGGGUUGCGUUUCGUCCAAAGCAUUCAAGAAGGAUUUCAACCAGGAACUCCUCUUCGGCAAUGGAGAUUACACGAAUCAUGUCGUCUCUCUCACUUCCAGCACAUACGGAGUUCUCAAACUCGACCAAGAACCCAUCAAGGAAACCGUCAAGGAGAGAACAAUGUCUCCUCCUCAUGUCGUGUGCCCCAAACUUCAGAGAAAGGGAACGGAAGAGCCUGAGGUCAUCAAUGCUUGGGAAUUGAUGGAAGAUCUCGAAGACGAAAUACCCAUAUCGGCACAUACCAAAAAAAGCCCCAAAUCACGAGUUGUAGAUGUGGAUUUCAGGAACCCUUUGAAGUUCUUCAACGAAAUCAACUCCUCAAAGAAGCAGAAAAAAAUUGCAGGGAAGGAGAACAAGCAUCGACAGAGUGGAUGUGAUGGUGCAGUUGGGCACUCGGAGCACAACCCGAAACAGGUACUGAAACCUUUUUCUUCUUUAGAGAACGUACAGAAGGCCACACCCAAGAAGGGUACUCCUGUAGAUCUCAAGACGAAUAAUUUCAGAGUCCACUCCGGGUUUUCAAGUUCAAGAAAGAGUUUAAGUCCCCUGUUUGAUCCAGAGCUCCUUGCAUCCUUCGAGAUAGAACUCAGCGAAGAGGGAGAACAAAUUAAGAAAAUGGUCUUUCCGGAGCCUAGAAUUUGCAAGGCCCUAAAUUGGGAGUCAAUGCUCGAACAGUUUGAGAAGAAAUGCCCUCCAGGCGGCGAAAAUGCGGUGGUCAUCUACACUACCACGUUGAGAGGAAUCAGGAAAACUUUCGAAGACUGCAACAGUGUUCGAUCCGUGGUAGAAUCUCAUCACAUCCACAUCAUUGAACGAGACAUUUCAAUGGAUUCUGGGUUUAGGGAGGAAUUAAGGUGCUUGAUGGGAAAAAAAGAGGUUAUAGUACCUGUAGUGUUCGUGAAAGGAAGGUUGAUUGGAGGAGCAGAUGAGGUGGUAAAGAUGGAAGAAGAGGGAAAAUUGGGAGUCUUGUUUCGUGGGAUUCCAAGGGCCUUGGCGGGCUGUGAAGGCUGCGGGGGCGUAAGGUUUGUAAUGUGUAUGGAUUGCAGUGGGAGUCGUAAAGUCUUAGAUGAAGACAUGAAGAAAAUGGUUAAGUGUGAAGGUUGCAAUGAAAAUGGAUUGAUCCAAUGCCCUAUUUGUUGUUAAAACAAUUUUGUGGCUCUAUCAUACCUUGGCCCCCCCAAAGAAGAAAUCUGAAGAUUUCUUUGU